UAGACCAGGAAAGAGGCCAGGACUGAACAAAAGGGCAGAGUUUGGGCUGAGUGAGGAGGUGAGGGGCGGACUGGGUGGCGAACGCCAUCUGAAAUGGUGGUGGCAGCGACUCCCGAAGUGCAGCCUGCAGACUAGGCCGAAGCAGCCAUGGCCGUGAACUUCAGAGAUCCCAGGUGCGGAUUCCGCCACAGAGAAGUGGUUGAGUUCAUCAAUGAAGAGAUCCGCAGUAACGGCACCGACCUGGACUUCUACGUGGCCUACAGCUCGGAGUCCUGGAGCCUUGUGGAGGACCGGCUCCGGGCCAUCCUGUGCGACCGCCGUGUGCCCCGCACCUUCAAGGGGGCCUGCGCCUGGAGCGCGCUGGCCAUGAGCACAACUGUGGUCUCCAGGCAGAGGGUACAGCUGCUCCAUCGGGUACGGCGCCUGCAGGAGAAGGUGUCUCAGCGCGAGGUGGCCACCUGGCCCUGGCCUCAGAGCUGCAGCACCUGCGUGAGAAGCGCGAAGACAUCAUUUUGCAGUUGCGCCAAAGCAGGACGACCUGCUGAAGUCGCUGGAUGAGCGCGAAGUGCUGCGUGGACAGUUGCUCCAGGCCAAGAGGUCGGCCCAGUUCGAUCCACAGCCCCAGGAGGUCAAUCUGGGGUCGCGAGCCCAGGAGCAGUGUGCCACAGCUUGGCCUCAGCAUGCAGAGGAGCAAGGUGUCACUGAGGCAGAAACAGCAGCAGCGGUUCCCCCCAGAUGCCUGGGCAAUGAUCUGCACCCCUGGUGUGCAGGCUGGAGCAGGGUGGCAGAAGGAGAUGGGCCCUCUGUGGGACCAGAAAAACCAAGGUGAGGAGGAAGGUGCUGUGCGUUCAAAGGAGAUAGAUGCCCUGGUCGACAGCAGGAGCCAUGGCAAGCAGGAGGCUACUGUGAGGCCCAAAUCCAGAAACGCCUCUGGGCAGAGCUGGAGCCAAGGAGACUCAAGGAACCAACCUCAGGAGCCGAAGACCUGGCCACCCAAAAGUAAGAGAGCCUUUGAAUUCCAGCAACAGGAGAAAUCUGCCCCAGACUCAGGCUGAGGGAUUGGGAUGGCCCAUGGGCAGAGUGUGAUGAAUAUUUCCUGGCACACGGACUGCUAACCAAGCAAGAAAAUCUGUCUAUUAAACAAAAAACUUAUCAUCCAUCAAGCAGUAACCAUUUUUAACACAAUGUAACUAUUUCCACAUAUGGACUGGUUUCCCCAGUUUCAUAUUAGACAUGUAUAUGUGUGUGUCAUUUUUGUUAUCUUAAAAAAAGCUGGGAUUUCCUUGA